AUGUCUCUUCCGUCUCAUUUCACCCUCAACACCGGUGCCAAGAUCCCAGCUGUGGGAUUCGGAACAUGGCAAGCCAAGCCGUUAGAGGUGGAACACGCAGUCGAGGUUGCGCUGAAGCAAGGUUACCGCCAUAUCGAUUGCGCUGCUAUUUACCGUAACGAGACAGAGGUUGGAAAUGGUAUUCGCAAGUCCGGCGUGCUUCGCGAGGAAAUCUUCAUAACAGGCAAGCUGUGGAACACGAAACAUGCGCCAGAAGACGUCGAGUCUGCACUGGAUAAGACACUGAAAGAUCUGGGCACGGAGUAUCUUGACCUUUACCUUAUGCACUGGCCUUGCGCCUUCAAAUCCGGUGACAAGUGGUUUCCCUUGGACAACAAAGGCGUCUUUGAACUAGCCGAUGUUGACUAUACUACUACAUACAAGGCUAUGGAGAAACUGAUAGCCACCGGAAAAGUCCGCGCUAUAGGUGUCUCAAACUUCAACGUCCGUCGUCUCGAAAAGCUUUUAAGCCAAGUCACCGUCGUCCCCGCUGCCAACCAAAUUGAAGCGCAUCCGUACCUCCAACAACCGGAUCUUCUUCGCUUCUGUCAAAGCAAAGGGAUCAUUAUCGAAGCCUACUCACCACUAGGGAACAACCAGACCGGUGAACCGCGUACAGUCGAUGACCCGGCGGUUCACACCGUUGCGGGACAGCUCAACAUGGACCUCGGACCGCUCCUGGCGAGCUGGGGUGUGCAGCGCGGAACCGUCGUCUUGUCCAAGAGUGUCACGCCGUCCCGGAUUUCAGCCAAUCUUCAGGUUAAGCAUCUUCCUGAAGACGCCUUCGCGACUCUCUCAGCCCUCGAGCGUCAUAAGCGGUUUAACUUCCCAGCCUUCUGGGGGUAUGACAUUUUCGAGGAGGCUGGCGAAGAAGCUGUGCGGAAGGCUGCGUUGGAUGCUGCUGCUGUGAAUAAAACAAAGUUUACUGUUUAA